AUGUUGAAUCGUCGUGUUAUUCGCAUUGGCACCGGCCUCCCCAGCAGUACCCCACUCUCUCAAGUCGCUAAAGGACGACUCCUUCUGUUUGUUCGCAAAGUGACACCGACGUCGUCAUGCAGAGGUGCUGCACUGGAUCCCAGGCCUCUGUUUGGCGUGCCCAAAGUGGGUUUACAGGACAAAUACACCCUUCAUGUCAGUAUGGACGUGUUGGGGCUGACCCCGAAAGACCCAUCCCAACAGGGAGAGGCCACAACGCCGGCGGGUGAGCGCGUCUCCAGUUACCAAGCAGCUCAAAUCCUCCUGGAAGGAUUGCCGAGCUUCGCCAUCGGCGACUUUGGCAGUGCAACAGCAAGCCUGAGAAAGCGACCCAGGAAGGCACGCGACGCAUCGCUCGACAGAAAGGUGUAUACGCCAUCUGCCAGUCAAUUGGCCCUGCUCCUUCCCUCGACGACGUAUUUCGGCGUUGACGUGACCUCUGUUGAGGAUGCGACUUUCCGGAUUCCGGUCUCUACGGCUCGUCUCGUUCCCUCCUCUUCCAUGUCGUACAUAUGUACCGGAUCUCAGAGCCACAGAUUAACCCACACAGGCAUGAACACGUUGGAGGAAGGCGUCAGGGGCCUUGGUAAAAAGAACAAGGUCAAUGCAGGUGCCGAGCUGCUUCUCAGUCUUCUCGCUGCUCGAAAACCUGUAGCAGGUGUAAGCGAACAAGAUCCGACAGUCAUUCUACUUCAGCUUUGGCGCCACCCUGACGGCUCGGAGACCUGGCAAGAGACCCCGCUCAUUUGGGAAUUUCCAAACACGCUCGAGGCAUUCGAGGAAGCAGUCGAUAUGGAGGAGGCCUUCAGCAUGAGUGACCCAGACAGCCGUCACUCAGCGGCAGAGUUUCGCAACUUGCAAGAGUUUUUCACCCGGCCUAUCAAUUACAUGAUCUAUCGUGAUAUGGAUCCUCGAGCAUCCAUCAUGUCUCCGGCGGAUUCCCUAGUCCAAAACGUCUACGCUAUUCGUCCCAAUUCUCAGGGCCUGAUCACUCACCAAAUUAUUCCGCAGGUGUCCCGCAAAAAUCUGGAGUCCGGUGACUUGCUUCAAAAGUACGAGAGGACGGCGCUGGUUGGGCACUGGGACCCGGAGAACAAAGGCCAACAACUGUUCUUCUCUGUGACCAUGGUGGCGGCGAUGUUCGUCGGAGGUCUGCAUCUCUCGUGGGAAGAAGAACCCCUUGGUGCCCAGAUGCGGUUAGGCUCCUGCACCAGAUACACUGAGACCUUCGAGAAGCAAGUCAACGUUCCGCUGUGCGCAAGUCAGGAACUUGGAGCGUUCCGUUUUGGAAGCACGGUUGUCAUGAUCUUUGAAGCACCCGGUGACUUCGAUAUGACUUCUCUCGGCCAGUGCUCCCACGUCGCGGCAGGCCAACCAGCGGGCUAUCUGGGACAAGGCCUGAGAAGGCCCCUUCAGGAGAGAUGCAACGCGUUUCGAGGAAACUUCGAUUCAUCUUUCCAGUUCUUACAGCACCUCAAAAAAACACCGGACCACGAUGAAGUUUUGAAAGAAAACACACUCGCUCCUCGUGCAUGGCGUGAGGAACCCGGGCGUGUGUGGAGGGAGAUUGUCCGCGCAACUGAACGUGGUCUUCUCUACGGUUUCCCUCUUUCGCGCUACCUCUUAAACCGAUGGGCUCUGCAAAAUGACAACAUGGGUGAAGUUGUGCUGGGGCAACCAGCAGUUCUACAGCAAGGCGUCGACGGCAGCGAUGUCGUCAUUCGGGAGGGAUUUCGAUGCUUUGCCACCCAAAACAAGACGCAGAUGCGUCUGGAGAUGAUGGGACGGCAAAGCCAAGUGUCCCUCUUUGUGAGGGUGAGCCAGGAUGAGCAGUUGCUUUUUCACCAUCCCUUUUAUGGUUGCACUGGAAACGAAAAGCUGGGCAAGCUUGUCCAGGGGAUCCAUGCGUCCUGGACGCUCCAACCUGAACACGCCGUGCUGCUCACGCUCAAGGUGUCCACGGGAAGCAAACAAGAUGACGGCCGCACUCUACGAGUAGUGAAUUCGACGAUUCUGGUUCAAACGGAGCCUUGCCAGGGUGGCUGGGAAGACAGCAGAGUCGGGACUACUUCGACAACCUGUGUGGUCCGUACAGUUGAGAAGCGGGAGGACUCCAGUUCGGAGACUGCGCUUACCAAUGAGGAUCUUUGA